GUAUUUUUUGUUGCCGUUGUCAAGAAGUAGACAGAUAGACGGAUAGAUUUUUGUUUUUCCCAUCUUCAGGUGUGCUCUUGAACCCAUCACUAUCGCUCUGUGCGCGUUCACAAAUCCCCUCUGCGCGUCCCAGUCAUGUGACAACAACUCAGCACGCCUGCGCACAGAAAUAGAAGAUGGCGGAGAGUGCGGACCUGAAGCAAAUGGUGAUGAGCCUGCGGGUGUCGGAGCUGCAGGUUCUGCUGGGCUACGCUGGGCGCAACAAACAUGGACGCAAGCACGAGCUGCUGACCAAGGCGCUCCACCUGCUGAAAUCCGGCUGCAGUCCCGCCGUGCACAUGAAGAUCAAAGAGCUCUACCGAAGACGCUUCCCUGCCAAAAUGGUCUCCCACCCCGAGCUGGCGCUGACCGGGCCGCACCACCCGGCUUCAGUCGGAGUCGUCGGGGGAGGUGGGGCGGCGCUGCCUGCCGGCCUGACGCAGCUGGCGUACGAGGGCCACGCCGGUCACGGCGGCGCUCCGUCGCCCGCUGCCUUACUGCCCCUCUCGCUGCUCGGACCCGGGAAGCACGAGCUGACCGCGCUGACGCACCACCUGCCCACUUCGGCCUCGCUGCACCCGGUGCACCCGGAUGUUAAGCUCCAGAGGCUGCCUUUCUACGACCUGCUUGACGAACUUAUCAAACCGACAAGUCUAGCGUCAGACAACAGCCAGCGGUUUCAGGAGACGUGUUUCGCCUUCGCGUUAACGCCGCAGCAGGUCCAGCAGAUCAGCAGCUCUAUGGACAUCUCGGGGACCAAAUGUGACUUCUCAGUUCAGGUUCAGCUCCGGUUCUGCCUGUCGGAGACAAGCUGUCCUCAGGAAGACCAUUUCCCUCCCAAUCUUUGUGUCAAAGUCAACGGGAAGCCAUGCAACCUGCCGGGUUAUCUUCCUCCAACCAAAAAUGGCGUCGAGCCCAAGCGGCCGAGCCGGCCGAUCAACAUUACUUCACUUGUCAGAUUGUCCACCACAGUCCCGAACACCAUCGUGGUAUCGUGGACUGCAGAGAUUGGACGGAGUUACUCCAUGGCGGUUUACUUGGUGAAGCAGCAGUCCUCCACAGUGCUGCUACAAAGACUGCGGGCAAAAGGCAUCAGAAACCCUGACCACUCCAGAGCGCUCAUCAAAGAGAAGCUGACAGCGGACCCUGACAGUGAAAUAGCCACAACCAGCCUGCGUGUGUCCCUGCUCUGCCCGCUGGGGAAGAUGCGGUUGAUGAUCCCGUGCAGGGCGCUGACGUGCUCCCAUCUGCAGUGCUUCGACGCCACGCUUUACAUCCAGAUGAAUGAGAAGAAGCCCACCUGGGUCUGUCCUGUCUGUGACAAGAAGGCCCCUUAUGAGCAUCUUAUCAUCGAUGGACUUUUUGUAGAGAUCUUGAACAGCUGCUCAGACUGUGAUGAGAUCCAGUUUAAGGAGGAUGGCAGCUGGGCCCCCAUGAGGUCUAAGAAGGAAGUGCAGGAGGUCUCCUCAGCUUCCCUUAACAACGGGCUGGAUGGCUCCUGUCGGACGUCUGAAGGCUCAGAUCAGCACAGCUCCUCGUCCUCCAGCCACAGCGACAGCAGCCACAGCAAAAAGUUGGAAGUGAUCGACCUGACACUCGACAGCUCCUCGGACGAAGAAGAACCGGAUUCCCCGCCGCCGCCUCCUCCUCCUCGUCCACCUUCCUCUGCAGCACUUCCUCCUCCAGUCAAAAGAGCGUGUCCGUCUCUGUCUCCGACCUCGCCGCCCGUCAUAAACAAAGGGGUGUUGAACCUGCACCACCAGGCCUCUCCCGUCAGCCGCACCCCCAGCAUGCCAGCCAUGGACACCAACUACAUCCCUCCGGUGCCCCCACUCAUCCAGGACUACAGGCCCUACUACCACACCCCCAACGACCUGUCGGAGUUGAACUUCUUCUCUUUUCUUCAAGGAGACAAUCAUCAGCAUUACAACAUGGUCAUGGCGGCGGCGGCGGCGGCUGCCUCGGCCUCAGAGGACCACGAGCUCCUCCUCAACCGCUUCCUGCCCUACAGCACCUCCUCGCCGGCCUCCCAGCUGUUCCUCGACCAAUCAGGUACCCCCUCGCUGACGGCGCCGACCAACGGGAUGAGCAACACGGGCGGCGGCGGCGGCUUGGUCUCAUCCAGUAGCCUUCGAGACACUCACUCCACACACUCGUCGUCUUCGCACUCGUCCUCACACCCGUCCUCACACACACACCCCGGGGUGGUGGCCAGUCGAAGCAGCGCCGAAGCGGCGGUGGCAGCUAUCUACGGCGGGAUACCUGACGUCAUAUCGCUGGACUGACCCGAGGCGGGGGGCGACGCCUCGGGUCCAGUGUGAAUGCAGUACCACGCCGGACCCGGUGCUGAGCGCAGGGUGAACGUUUUUUUUUUUUUUUUUGCUCCAGAGAUUAGACCGGCCCCACGUCAUCGAACUCUGUCAGCCUUCUCGGAGCCAUAAUGUGGAGAAAAGCACUAAAUAUCUGAGUGGGUGACAUCACUUAAAGGGAGAGGAGCGGGGAGGGAUGUGGACUUGGUGUUACUGACCUCAGAUGAGAAACCAGUCCGACGUUUGGACCACAUCUGAUCUUUACUGGUACAAACUUGGCACAAACAGCGGAGAUGCUGCCCGAGUGGGGGAAAAAAAAACCACAAGGUUGGAGGGUCCCUUAUUGUUUUUUGGUUGUUUUUUUUUUCCUUUCUACAAAAACAAGGCGCAGCACCGUGACCAGAGAACAAAAUCUAUUUUCCUCUUUUACUUUUCUAUGUCGGGAACGUUUUCAGUGAAGUGAGCUGCUUCUGUCGCCGUUCGCAGGCGGAGGACUGGACCUCCAUUCCCUUCAACACCUGCUGUCAUGUUUGCUUAACUUUCCAUCCGCAUCUCCAACAGCAACCACGUUCCUCUUUUCUUACUUCUUGUCCCAGAUUCAUUGUGUAUUUUGUUUUUCUCUAUAAUGAGACUGAAUUAACAGUUGAAUCAUGUUGUAGUAGUUUUAAUAUUCUUUUUAACUUAUGUAUGAUAUUUAAACAGUGAAAUAUGCAUUCCCCUUGACUUUCAGGUUGAUUCUGUGUUGGUUAUUUUCACUCCUUGUAAAGAAUCUGCCGGCAUACAGCAUUUAAACUGUUGAAGCUAUUUAUACUUGCCAAUUUUGACUUUUAGCUGGAAGAUUUAUUUUAUUUUAUUUUAUUUUUUUGCACAAUGCCAAAAAGUAGGUACUAAUAUGAAAGUGAUCUGAGUGCUGUUGAAUGUGUGUGUGUGUCAGUGUUUUCAGUCCGUUUCUCCGGAUUUAGUGUGUUGCUUCGCGUCUCUUGCGGCUGACUGUCGUAAAAGAAUUUUCCGACGAAGCCGUCGUAGCAACGGCGGGCCUUUUAAAGACACAGGCGUCCACAGCAUGCGACCAAGCUUAAAGCAGUGCCUGUUUAAUAUGUGCGCGUGUUUGAGGAACGUCUUAAAAUCGUCACUUUUUGCAUCGGACGUUUUUGAACCUACAGCUGGUUAUCCGCACCCAUCCGGGGGAAAGUUGAGUCAGGACGGAGCGCUUGCGGUUGACGUCUUGAGAAGUGAAAGGCGGCGGCGGCCUCGGCAGGUCGACGCGGGCUCCGCUCCGAAUUAGACGGCUUAAAAAAUGCAUGGCCUGUCAGGAGAAAGCCUCGAGUGUUGGAGCAAAGCGCGUUCGCUGUUUUUCCACGCAUGGUUUUGCUUGUGAAUGUACAUUUUUAAAACGACACACACUUUCGUUUUGUCGUUAUCGAGAAGCCGUGUUUCCCCGUCAUCCUUUAAAUGUUCCCAGCGUCUGGCGUUAUGAGCGUCACUCUGACGUCCCGCUUCCAGGCGCCGGAGACAGGCAGCGCCUAAUUAUCCCAGUGAUCACGGGAUAAUGGGCUCUGACAGCGGCUCCCGUCGUCUCACCUCCCUCCUCCCGCCGCCCCGUCCCAUUCCUUCAUCACCGGACGGGGAUCUGACACGGGGUGACCUCCUCCUCUCUCCUCCUCCUCCCUCCACUUGGCAUUUCUAACUUUCCCUGCUCUUCUCAUGGGAACCAACUCCUGCCUCUCCAUCAUCUGCUGGAACAAGUUCUUUUAGUGUAUUUCCUGUGUUGUGCAGUAUUUUAUUUAUUUUGUGCCCUUCGUGUCUAUAUAUUAAUUUUUUUAUUUUUUUUUUUACAAAUUGCUUAGUGGCUGAAAGCGAGUGUGAGUCACCGUCAUGUGGGAACCGGUGGUGAAAAGAUUUUUAUUUAAUAUGCGUUGAAUAAUUAUUUAGCAGCAGCUUGACUACUCAGAAAGGCGUUGUGAUGAUUCUCUAGGGAAAUUAAUGCCACCGUGCAUUUACUCGGUAGCAGACUCUGGUAAUCCUUUUAUGGGCACAAACGAAUGCUUAAUUAAUUCAUGCGUGAUUAAUUGUUUCUUUUGAAUUAAUUGUGUUGUGUGUUCCGGAAUGCAGCGACGUAGAAAGGACUGCAGAAAAGAAAAAAGAAAGAAAUAGGCUGCACAACCAGAAACCCAGCAGACAAAUCCAAACAUCAGGUAGUUUUCCGAGGCUGCCUAGAUUUUUAAAUCUUUCAGACAGGCACUUCGUCUCUGCACUUUCAAAUUAAGAGGACAUGAAACAUAGUGGAAACCAGCCCAUGCCUACUAGCGUGUUUAAUGUGUAUCAUUUUUAUUCUGCAUGUUGUUAUCUGCCAAACAGCUGAGGCCGUUUCCUCGGGAAGUGCCUGUCAGUUUGGAGCAGGUGUGGGAACCAGCGCCACCUAUCUCUUUCUGUGUUAAUGCUGUUUCGAAGCUGAAGUUUGAAAGUACAAGUUGCUCUUACACAUAUAACUCAAAGCAGUUACUUUCUGCGCAUAAACUCUCAAAGUAACCUGAAAUUUAUCAAAUGUUUAUUCUAUGUUUUGGCUAGCCUUAUAAGGCUAAAUGGAGCAUCAUUUAUGCCGCAUUUCUGAAAUCUCUACAUCGUAACGUUUUAUUUUCCUACAAAAACCUGCAACAUUUUACUCCCCUUUUUUGUCUUCCACCCCCUGGUGGAGGACUGAGGCAUUACAGAUGACCUGUCCUGUCGAGGUUUUUCUAAAAGUCCAAGAUUAUCUACAGGCAUCUGAUGGGAGUUUUUAAGCUGCACAAAGCCGUUUUCUUUGAGUUGGUUACAGUCAGAUGUGUGGAGAGUAACACGACGUUUUACUCAACCAAGAGAAGCACUAUCUUAGGAUUUUUGUACUCAAGUAAAAGUAAAACUUUGCCGUACAAGAAACUAGUAAGGUGAGAGUAAAAAAAGUAUUCCAUCAAAAUGUUACUCAUGUACUUAAUAAUUGUUUGAUUGCAACACCUGAUGUGAUAUUUAAAAAUGAUGGCAGCAGACAAACCAAAAUCUAAAGUAAUGUUCACAUUGUGGUAUUUUAUAGACAAUAAGGAAAGUUUUGCAAAUAAGUAAAAUUAUUAUAGGCAGAAGAAAGAUUUAGCUUUUCCAAAUCAAUCUGUUUCAACAUAAACCUUAGAAAACUGAUACUUCAAAUAAAUGUAGCUAGUUACUACCCACCUCUGGUCCCAGUAAGUGAAGCAUAGAAAUAGUUGGUCGUUUAUCCAAGCAAGUCUUUAAUUGGGACAUUUACCACAAACCAAAACAGGAGAAUACUCACUUUUCUGGUCACUGUUAAAAAGUAAACAUGAAAAAAAAGUAUCACCACAGAUAAAUACAGCACUGAGCUUUUUAUUUUGACCCUUCAUUAAAAUAAACAUAUGGCUUAAUAUGUUUCACACAACAGUUUUUAAAAGGGUUGUUAGUAAAUUAUUAAGUGUGCAAUUAGAUUUUUAAGUCAUUCAGAUAAUUAUUUUUAUUAGGAAAUUAUUUUAAAAAUUGUAUCCCAACAUGUGACUUAUGAUACAAAACAUUUUUUUGAAUUAUUAUUUUCCUGAAUCUUUCAAAUUAGCAGUUCAGACAAAAUUCGACUGUUUUAAGUUGAGCUUUAAACGGUGACGUGCAAGAAUCAAAAUCAAAGUGGCAUCUAAAGCAUGUUGUAAGAAUUUUAUUGUACUUUUUAUUUUUUUGCUUUUUAGCAUUACUUUAAAGCAAUUAGAUUAUAUAUAUAUUUUUAAAUAGUUUUAAGUAUUUGUUAGUGGCAUAGUGAACACCGUGGGAUUUUUUUUUCCAGGUUGUCAUGGUAAAAGACUCCCCCAUGCCUGCAGGCCACACGUCGGUAAACAACCGUCUCAUUUUUAGGUCUGCCUUGUACAUAUUCACACCAACUCAGCCCGUUUACCUCAUUUCACCAUCUGGCACCAGUUCAGGGCUUGUCUGUUCGCUCUUCAACAAUACUGAAAAAUACAUUUGAGAGGGCCUGAAAAGCUCCCGUCUGCUUUUAGCUACAGCCGAAAGAGCCGUUUGUAUCCAAGUUUUAACGGCGUCCUGUUGUUUUGAAUGCCGAGCGGCGGCCAAGCUGUGUUCUUCCUCCUCCUUCGACAUCCUUUGUAUAAUAGAACAAAAUCAAUAAAUCUCCAUUUGAGGAUUUUAAAUUCAUCCUGAUUAUGAAACUAAAACAAGACAUCCUUCCUAAAUAAAACAUUUUAAAACCAGCUUCAUUUGGCCUGGAAAGCACAGCAGAGUCCUGCAGGGCUUCUGGAUGGAGCUGCAGCAGAGAGUUUCCUUACAGACCAUCAAUGAGUCGGUUAAUAAUUAAUUGUUAGGCUUUUCAUUCAGACUCAUAGACAGCAUGUGCCUUUAAUAUAAAGUGUUACCAGAUUCCUGCUGCUCCCCUCCCGUGUUGGGAUACUUGACGAGACAGUCACUGUACCUGAAAACAUUUGAUUGCGGCUUAAUUUAUUGAAGCUUCUGUCCUCGCGCUCGUCAUGCUGCUGACUUCAUGACGGCCAGGGGGCGCCAGAGCAAACUGUGUUGAAUGUGUUUCUGCUCAAACAUCGCAAGCUUCUGUGUGGGAUUCCCAAAAACGACGAAGUUGGAUCUCCUCCCGGUUUCCCUCCAAUGUUAUUAUUAUUAUUAUUAUUAUUAUUAUUAUUAUUAUUAUUAUUAUUAUUAUUUUAUUAUUAUUAUUAUUAUGUCUCUUUAACAGUGAACUCUGGGAAAGCAGCUCCUCUCUUUGGUCAUCCUCACCUUAACUUAAAGGGAAAAAGUGUUUAUAUUCUGUCAGUAUGGGAAAACCCUGAAAACUGAACGUUCAGAUCCGAACGUGAGCCGUUCGAUGUCCGCUCCGUAUGCUUCUGUUUUGUUUUUUGUUUUUUUUGGGGGGGGGGUUGUCUGUGUGUAUGUGGGUGUGUGUGUGUGCGUCACCUCAGAGCGAAAGGAAUAAAAAUAAUUUAUAUAUUUUUUAGAAAACGAAAGUUGUAAAACAAAAAAAAAAAGGGAAAAAAAACGACUGUGGCCAAUAAAGAGUCUCACACAGCAGGAAUGAUCUUCUUAGACGGACUCGAGUCGACAUCUGCACUCACUGCCUUAUUAACAGGUUUCACAGCUCCAAUCUGAGAGAAAGAAAAACUUGUUUUAACAAAAACAAUAAUAAUAAAAUAAAAUAAAUAAAUAAAAAAAGGCUUUUCAUGGAGGGAAGGAGGAAGACGGUGUACAGUAGACCCAUGUCAGUUUGUACAAAUAUACCAAGUGAAAAAAAUAUUUAUUACCUGCAUUGGAAGAAAUUGUUUACUUAUUGAAUGUUACUUGUUUAUGUAGAAAAGUAGAUGUAAUAAAAUGCAUUCUGCUA